AUGAAGAAGAAGACGACGGUGAACGUUGCCCCAGGGUUCUUCUACAGUUAUGCAGCCACUGAGACGCAGAUCCACGACAACCGCAACGUCGCCGUCUUCUUCCGGGAGAAGGACCUACGCCCUGGGACCAGGAUGAACCUGCACUUCACCAGGACCUCGUCCAACGCCGCUUUCCUACCCCGUUCCGUCGCCAACUCCAUUCCCUUCUCCUCCAAGAGGCUUCCCGACAUACUGAGCCUCUUCUCCGUCCUGUCAGACUCUCCGGAAGCUGAGGCCCUGGAGAAGACACUCCGAGAGUGUGAGGAGCCGGCCUCCGCAGGAGAAACCAGGUAUUGCGCCACCUCCCUGGAAUCCAUGGUCGACUUCUCCUCCGCCAGCCUCGGAACUCGUGAUGUCCUGGCGGUAUCGACGGAAGUCAGCAAGAAGGGAACGCCGAAGCAGGCUUAUACCAUAACGCCCUCCGGCGUGCAGAGGCUGGUUGGCAGCAAGGCCGUAGCUUGCCACGCUCAACCAUUCGCCUAUGCCGUGUUCUAUUGCCACGUCACUCGCGCCACCAAGGCCUACCUUGUGUCUCUCGCGGGGCAAGACGGAGCCAAGGUGGAUGCCGUGGUGGUAUGCCACACUGACACGUCCGGCUGGAACCCGAAGCACCUGGCCUUCCAGCUUCUGCAGGUAAAGCCCGGCACGGUCCCCGUUUGCCACUUCCUCCCGCAGGAUCACAUCGUGUGGGCGCCCCGUCGGUAG